AAGGCCUGGGUCGGCCCAGACCUGAGGCGGGCACGGGAGGUGCCCGUUUCUCUGCCGCUUUGGCCCUCUACCUCGCUUGCGUAGGCUGGGGUGGAUUUACUGGCGCGUUGUUGGAGCGGAACACAUUAUCUAAGCAACCAUGCUGGCUGCCAGGCUAGUAUGCCUCAGGACAUUAUCAUGCCAGACUAUACGUCCCACCAUUAGUCAGGCUUCUCCUGCUUUGAGGAACUCCAAUAUAAAAGCAUACAGGCUGUGGCAGCCUAACCAGUGUUAUGCUACCAGAGUAAGAACAGGUGUACGUCGUGGAAAAAUUGGCCAGGAAAUCAAGGAAGCAGCAUUUGAACCAUCUGCAGAAACAGCACUUAAAGCCCAUCGACUGGGAAAAAUUUUUGUUGCUGGUGGGGCUGCUGUUGGCCUGGGAGCUCUUUGCUACUAUGGAUUGGGCAUGUCCAGCGAGAUUGGAGCUUUUGAAAGAGCUGUUAUUUGGCCACAGUAUGUGAAGGACAGGAUUCACACUACUUACAUGUAUUUUGCUGGAAGCAUUGGCUUGACAGCACUCUCUGCUGUGGCAGUAAGCAGAUCUCCAGCACUCAUGAGUCUUAUGACAAAAGGCUCCUGGCUGGCAAUAGGUGCAACCUUUGCAGCUAUGAUUGGUGCUGGCAUGCUGGUCAGGUCCAUAUCCUAUGAAGAUAGUCCAGCAGCUAAACAUUUGGCUUGGAUGAUGCAUUCAGGUGUCAUGGGUGCAGUCGUGGCUCCUCUCACCUUCUUGGGAGGUCCGUUGCUGAUCAGAGCUGCCUGGUACACUGCUGGAAUCGUCGGAGGGCUUUCAACUGUUGCCAUGUGUGCUCCAAGUGAAAAGUUUCUGAACAUGGGAGGACCACUUGGAGUAGGCUUAGGCUUUGUUCUUGCGUCUUCAAUUGGAUCCAUGUUCUUGCCUCCUACUUCUGCUUUUGGUGCUGGCUUGUAUUCGGUAGCUGUUUAUGGUGGCUUGGUCCUUUUUUCCAUGUUUCUGCUCAGUGAUACCCAGCAUGUUAUCAAGCGUGCAGAAACUCUUCCGUAUUAUGGGCCAACAAAAUAUGAUCCAAUCAAUGCGUGCAUGGGCAUCUACACAGAUACACUGAACAUCUUCAUUCGAGUGGCCACCAUGCUUGCAGGUGGUGGAGGUGUCAAGAGAAAGUAGACUAAGACUCAUCUUUGCCACCAGCUGACGGCCCACCUAGUACACAUAAUAAAUAAAAAUUCGUGGCUACAAGCAGUAUUGCUGCAAGUCAGAAGAUUAAAGCAUUUCAGAGUAUUAUUGCAGUGCAAUGUGAUCCAGAGUUAAUAGUUUUUCUUCACUUCCCAGCUCUGUGUUUAAAAUGCUUCUAAUUGUACAUUAUUUUGGGAAAGUAAAUUAUUUUUAAUAUUUGAGUAAAAUAAUUUAUCUGCUUCUUAAUGGGUUUGACAGCAGUUCAACUCUAUUUUUUUUCACUGUUCCUGCAUAGCAAAGGAAGUAAUUUUUCAACUGUUAUCCCAUAUGCAGGUAGAGACACAAGCUACUUCAUUGAAUACUGUUAACAUGCAUCAGAUUGAAUUAGGAUUGCAGAAGCUACAUUUUAGUGAGACAACUGAAAAAAUGGGAAUACAGCACUAAAUGCAGUAAUGACUUAUGUCUGAGCAGAGGUUUUGGAAAGGUUUAAAUAGUUGUCAGAAAUGUGUUGCGCUUGACAGGCGAGGAGACAAGAUGAGCAAACUGCAGCAUUCUGGAGUUCACAUGAGAACUUGAUUUAGUGCUAAUUGGAUGUAGUAGCUAGGUUCUUUUGAUAUUAGAUUUAUCAAGCUGUUGACUAGCAAGAGGCAUGUCUUUUUUGUCUGUAAAUAAAUGCCAGUAUUGUGGAUGAAACCCCAUCCUUCAGAAGAGAUACUAGUGCUCGUCUUUGGCAACCUUGUACGGUUGGCUUAGAAGGAAUUGAGAACGACUGCUUUACAUUAAGAAAUUCAUACUUAAGCUUUAUUUGCUGUAUGUUCAAAUAAAAGGUGAGUUCUUGAGGAACAAUAAAGUUUUAAGCUCAUCUGAACAA